ACGUCACGUACGCGACGUUCGUUUGUUUAUCAACCAACUUGGAACGGAAUCUCAUCGUGUUCAAACAUUCGGCAAAAGUUUCGAGGAAUAUACUCACGGAUCAUAUCUUAUUCAUUCGAUUUAUUAAUAUCUCGACUUAAACCACCCUUUUGAUCCGCGGUAGUUCGUAUUUAGUGUUUCCCGCGUGCGUUGUGCCAUAUUGAAUUUAAAUCCAGAUUAGGCUAACGUUACAAAAACUGCUGACAGGGUGGUUUGGUGAGAGAGAGUGGUCAGCAUGUCGUCUUUCUCCGAGUCUGCGCUGGAGAAGAAGCUGUCUGAACUGAGUAACUCGCAGCAGAGCGUUCAGACUCUGUCUCUGUGGAUCAUUCAUCACCGCAAACAUGCAUCCUUCAUCGUGCGUGUGUGGCACAGAGAAAUGAAGAAAGCUAAAAGCAGCAGGAAGUUGACGUUCCUGUAUCUGGCUAAUGACGUGAUUCAGAACAGUAAGAAAAAGGGUCCCGAGUUCGCCAAAGACUUUGAGGGCGUCCUGGUUGAUGCCUGCUCACAUGUGGCCAGAGACGGAGAGGAUGGUUCUAAGAGGCAUAUGGAGAGGUUGCUGAACAUCUGGCAGGAGCGGAACCUCUACCGUGCAGACUUCAUCCAGCAGCUCAAACUGGCUAUCGAGGACUCAGACAGUCCCAAACAGAAGCCCGCAGCAGAUGAUAGAAAAAAAUUGAAGAGAAGCUACCAGAAGGUCCAGGAGGAAGAAGAGGAGGAAGAUGAUGAUUACAGAGGUCACUAUUCUCCCCAGGAGACGGACGCAGCUGCUCCACAUCUGACGGAGGAGCUGGUGAAAGCGCUGCAGGAUCUCGAGAACGCUGCGUCCGGUGACGCUGCUGUGAGACAGAAGAUCGCAUCACUUCCACAGGAAGUGCAGGACGUUUCUCUUCUGGAGAAGAUCUCGGAUAAACAGGCGGCAGAUAAGCUGUCAAAGACGGUGGACGAGGCCUGUCUGCUGCUGGCGGAGUAUAACGGACGCCUGGCCGCUGAGUUAGAGGACCGGAGACAGCUGGCCCGAAUGCUGACAGAAUACAUCCAGAGCCAGAGAGAUGCGCUCAACGAGAGGGAGAAGAAGCUGGAGGAAUACAAGCAGAAACUGGCUCGCGUCACACAAGUGAGGAAGGAGCUGAAGUCUCACAUCCAGAAUCUUCCAGAUCUUUCUCUUCUACCGAGCGUCACCGGCGGUCUGGCUCCUCUCCCGUCUGCUGGAGAUCUGUUUUCCACUGACUGAACAUCUCUGAGACUCACAGACACUGGGCUCCUCCUCACGGACAGUAACAUCAGUAAUGGAGCGAGUGAUGAAGAUCAGCUUUCACACGUUUGUUUUUCAGUAGUUCUCAUGUCAGCUAAACCUCACGGAGAUCAAGCCUGCGAGUCGAUCCGUCAGUAAACCAGACUCAGUGUGGAGAUUUUCUUUUGAUGUGACUUUGCUGUGGAAAGCAACUCCCUUUUGCUUUUUCUUAUACCUGUAGGUUUUUAGUUUUAUUGCUCAGAGUUUAAUUUUGCUUCAUUUUGGUUUUUGGAGGAAACCAAACAUGAGGAUUCAGUUUUAAACACCUCACUGCUAUUGACCGAGUUUAUAAUAUCAAGAGAAAUUAAUUAGAAACUCAUGCCCAUCAUCAGACUGUGAUAUAUUUUGGUUACAAACCUGACCUGUUUUUCUUCAAAUGAUUAUUUUGCUGAUAAAUACAACAGAUUUGCUGAUAUUUGUGAGAAGAAUACAGUGUGAUCGCAGUCUCUUCUAUGGUCACUGUAUGUUUACAGUGUCUCUCAUUAAAUAUGACCGAACACAUUCAACAACAAUGUUUUUUUGAUAUAAGUGAAUCUUUGAGAUUUGAUUUGAAUGGAUUGCUGUAUUAUCAGAGGGACAUGUAAAUGAUAUUGUGUGAAAUAUAAAGUGGCCAAACUCUGUCCAAAACAUUUGCUUAAUUCACAAAUGAGUGGAACAUAUUUAUGUUUAUGCUGUUGAUCACCACCAAAACACAACAUCAAACAGAGAAUACUGAAGUGAAGCUUUUUCUAGGUUUCUUGAAAGUCAUUGUUGUUUACAGAUUUAGAAUCAGUGACACUAUUGAGCUGAAAAGCCAUCUUGUGCUCUGUGGCCAUUUUGUCUUUCAGAUUUUGAAGACAUUUGGCAAUUUUCUUUACUUUCUGGACCCAGUUUAGUUUAAUGGCUCAGGUACCAGUGAGCUGUUUAGCACAACAUGGAUUGCUAUUCAUCUUUUGAAGCAUAAAGAAUAAACUCAU